AUGUGUUCACUGAAAGCUCUUCGGGACUGGUGUCGAGAUGUUUGUGAAGGUUACUCUGAUGUUCUGGUCACAGACAUGAGCUCUUCAUUCACAGAUGGACUGGCUUUCUGUGCGAUCAUCCACAGACACAGACCCGAUCUACUAGAUUUUCACUCACUGUCCAAACACAAUGUCUACGAGAACAUGCGUCUGGCGUUUGAUGUUGCGGAGCGUGAGCUGGGAAUUCCUGCUCUUUUAGAUCCGGAUGAGCUGGUGUCUGUGGAGGAGCCGGAUCAUCUGUCCAUCAUCACUUACGUCUCUCAGCUCUACUGUGUCUUAAGAGGACACUCUCAUGUCAGUCAGAAGAUUCCUGUGAACAAUGAAUCCAGCAGCACCAAAGCGCAAGACCAGACACACUCUCGGAGGGUUUUGGUGAAGGGACGUCUGUAUCACCGCUCCUGCUUCAGAUGCAGUCUCUGUCGUCGCGCUCUGCUGCCGAUCUCUUUCUCACUGGACAGAGAGACAGGUUCACUGCAGUGCAGUUAUCCCUGCAGACCUGCUCCUGAACACGACCGGCCCGCCGAUCACUCACAGAACCACACCAGUGAGACGGACGGAGACAGAAGUGAGACAGAAGGAGACGAGGUGAAUGAUGGACGUGUCUUCACCUCAUCAGAGACUGACAUACAAGAACCUCCCAAACCUGCUCCCAGAAUGAGGGCGGAGUCUCAGGAACCUCCUCACCCUGCCCCCAGAUCACCGGAUCAUCGCCCUGACAACGAUGAGGACGGGUCCAAUGAUGAAGAGACAAACCCUUCCAGUUGUGAAACCUCAGUUGCACACAAACCCCAAACCUCAUCCUCAGUUCCCAGCAUGCACCAGGCUGCAGCACCUGUUCAUGGUUUCCCGCUCAUCAAGAGGAAGGUGAACACACACACACGCGUGUCAGAGAAGCAGGUGUGUGAGGAGCAGAAGACGCUGGAGGAGUGUCUGCUGGAGCUGGAGAGGAGAGGAGUGCAGCUGGAGAGAGAGAUGAGAAGAUGUAUCACCGAGAAUCUUCUAGUCGACUGGUUCCUUCUGAUUCAUGAGAAGAGCAUGUUGGUGUGCAGAGAAGAGCUGGUGUAUAUGGUGAAGCAGCAGCGUCUGGAGGAUCAACAGGUUGAUGUGGAGUUUGAGAUCAGAUGCCUCUUCAACAAACCAGAGCAGGACUGGAGCUCCGCCGACAGAGGAAAGUGUCAUCAGUCACGCCUGCGUUCACGCUUGCUGUCAAUCAUCCAGCAGAGGAAUGACAUCAUCAGCAGCCUGGAUCAGGACAGGAAGAGGGAGGAGGAGGAGGACGAGAUGCUGACGGCUGUGAUCCAGAGGAUGGAGCUCCUGACACAGACGGACAAACAGCUAGACAAAUGCAGCAGCAGGUUUAAACGUCUUCAGAUGUUCAAGAAAUCCAGCCAUAAGACUGAAAACACCAGCAGAAGAAAGAAGAAAAACAGCUGAAGAACAGAGAGAGACUUAAGAUGCUUAUUCAGAAUUGUACAGUAACGGUAAAAACACCCAUCAGGACGAACUGAACUGUUUCUACCCCUUUUGUUUAUUUUUAGACUUGUAUAUCUGUAUUUGUAAUUAUUAUUGUGAUUAUUAUUAAAUGACACACUUUUAUAGUUAA